GCACGGCAAACCGCAGUGUCAGUGUUGUGUUUGGUGUGGAACGGCAGCAGUGGUAAUAACAGGUGCCGAUGACCGACAGCACCCAUCUAGCGCUUGGGCUAAGGAAUUACAUCACGACGCACUUGAGCGCUACAGCCGUUCUCUUCCUAAUCGCGUGUGCCCUUGACAGUGAUCAAGAUGUUUCUAGUGCUACUGACGACGCUUCUCGGUAUUGCCGUUACCUGUAUGGUUGUUACCAUCAUCCGGAACCGUGCUACCGUAGCUAAGCUUAAGAAGCAGCUUCAUAAUUUCACCGUCAUUCCGGCAAUUCCGGUUCUUGGUUCGGCGUACCUCUUCAAAGAUCCGACACCCGAAGGCAUCUUCCAAACUUUUACCGGGUUCCAUAGACAGUUUGGCAGGAACCUCAUUACCCAGAGUCUGUUCAACUUUCCUUCCAUGCAAGUAUGUGAUCCGAAAGUGAUCGAGCAGAUCAUGCAGGCGCGCACGAUUGAAAAGACGAUCAUUUACGACUUCAUGGUGCCAUGGCUUGGAACGGGAUUGGUUGUAUCGACUGGCACGAAGUGGGCCCAGCGUAGGAAGAUCAUUACGCCGACGUUUCACUUCAAGAUACUGGAAGACUUCCUCGUCAUCAUGAACCAUCAGACGGAUGUGCUGAUCGAGAAGCUGAAACAGAACGCGAAUAGCACGGAUUUCGAUAUUUACGAGCAUGUGACGUACUGUGCGUUGGACAUCAUCUCAGAAUCUGCCAUGGGCGUGAAGCUGAACACGCAGCAGCAACCCAACUCGGAGUAUGUGAUGGCAGUGAAAGAAAUAUCAGAUAUCAUCCUGAAGCGUCUAUUCUCCUUCCUACGCGAGUACAAGUGGGCCUUCCAGUUCACCAAAUCCCACCGCCGUCAGGAAGAACUAGUAAAGAUUGUACAUGAUUUUGCUCAUAAUGUGAUAAGCGAACGCAAGAAGCAGCUACAGGACGAACGAGAACAACAGCUCACACAGGAAAAGCUUGAGGAAGAGGACGUCUACGGCAAGCGUCGGAUGACUCUGCUAGACCUCCUGCUAAACGUCACGAUCGACGGAAAACCCCUCUCCGAUUCGGACAUCCGAGAGGAGGUUGAUACGUUCAUGUUUGCGGGUCACGAUACGACCACCUCCUGUAUUAGCUUUGCCGCGUACUAUCUCUCUCGUGACGCUACCGUCCAGCAGCGUGUGUACGAUGAGAUUCUCGCUAUCGUGGGCCCGGAUGCCAAAACUCAAGAGCUUACCUACGGCACACUGCAAGAACUGAAGUAUCUUGAGAUGGUGAUAAAGGAGACGUUGCGAAUGAACCCAUCCGUUCCGAUCAUAGGACGCCGAUCGGCCGGUGAUAUGCUUAUCGAUGGUGUUACCAUUCCGAAGGGAAUGGAUUUCGGUAUUCUUAUCUACGCGCUGCACAACGAUCCAGAGCUGUACCCCGAACCGGCCCGUUUCGAUCCGGAGCGGUUCAGUGAGGAAGCUUCGGAAAAGCGACAGCCCUACAGCUACAUUCCAUUCAGUGUCGGCGCUCGUAACUGUAUCGGACAGCGGUAUGCGAUGCUCGAGGUGAAGACUAUGCUCGUAAAGCUGGUGGCCAACUAUCGAUUCUUGCCGUGUGAAGAAAGUAAUAAGCUGCGUAUCAAAACAGACAUGACGCUGAAGCCGGUGAAUGGUACGUUUGUUAAGAUUGUCCCAAGAUGUCCAAUAGUGAGAGUGUCCGUGACGGUUGCCGGUUUCGUGCUUAUCGAUUCGACUAAAAACUUACAUCACGGCACAUUUUCCCACGAUUCUGUGCGAGCGUGCGUGACCUUGAAUUCGAUCACGAUGUUUCUGGUUCUUCUAACAACGUUUUUCGGCAUCGCCAUCACCUGGCUGGCUGUAACCAUCAUGCGGAACCGUGCUACCGUGUCGAAACUCAAGAAACAGCUUCCCCACUUUACGGUUAUUCCAGCGAUUCCGGUGCUUGGCUCGGCGUAUCACUUCAAAGAUCCGACACCCGAAGGUAUCUUCAAUACUUUUACCGGGUUUCAUAAGCAGUACGGCAGGAAUCUAAUUGCCCAGGGUCUGUUUAACGUCCCUUCAAUGCAGAUCACUGACCCGAAGGUGAUCGAGCAGAUCAUGCAGGCGCGCACGAUUGAAAAGACAAUCAUUUACGACUUUAUGAUACCCUGGCUUGGGACGGGAUUGGCAAUAUCGACCGGUGCGAAGUGGGCCCAGCGUAGGAAGAUCAUUACGCCGACGUUUCACUUCAAGAUACUGGAAGACUUCCUCGUCAUCAUGAACCAUCAGACGGAUGUGCUGAUCGAGAAGCUGAAACAGAACGCGAAUAGCACGGAUUUCGAUAUUUACGAGCAUGUGACGUACUGUGCGUUGGACAUCAUCUCAGAAUCUGCCAUGGGCGUGAAGCUGAACACGCAGCAGCAACCCAACUCGGAGUAUGUGAUGGCAGUGAAAGAAGUAUCGGAUAUCAUCCUGAAGCGUCUAUUCUCCUUCCUACGCGAGUACAAGUGGGCCUUCCAGUUCACCAAAGCCCAUCGUCGUCAGGAAGAGCUGGUUAAGAUCAUUCAUAGUUUCGCGUAUCAGGUGAUCAGCGAACGCAAGAAGCAACUGGAAGACGAACGAGAACGGAAACGGACUCAAGAAAAGCUUGAGGAAGAGGACGUCUACGGUAAGCGUCGGAUGACUCUGCUAGACCUCCUGCUAAACGUCACGAUCGACGGAAAACCCCUCUCCGAUUCGGACAUCCGAGAGGAGGUUGAUACGUUCAUGUUUGCGGGUCACGAUACGACCACCUCCUGUAUUAGCUUUGCCGCGUACUAUCUCUCUCGUGACGCUACCGUCCAGCAGCGUGUGUACGAUGAGAUUCUUGCUAUCGUGGGCCCGGAUGCCAAAACUCAAGAGCUUACCUACGGCACACUGCAGGAACUGAAGUACCUUGACAUGGUGAUAAAGGAGACGCUUCGGAUCAAUCCAUCCGUACCGAUCAUUGGACGUCGAUCAGCAGGGGACAUGCUUAUCGAUGGUGUUACCAUUCCGAAGGGAAUGGAUUUCGGUAUUCUUAUCUACGCGCUGCACAACGAUCCAGAGCUGUACCCCGAACCGGCCCGUUUCGAUCCGGAGCGGUUCAGUGAGGAAGCUUCGGAAAAGCGACAGCCAUACAGCUACAUUCCGUUCAGUGUCGGCGCUCGUAACUGUAUUGGACAGCGGUAUGCGAUGCUGGAGAUCAAAACGAUGCUCGUGAAGCUGGUGGCCAACUAUCAAUUGCUGCCCUGCGAUGAACGUAAUAAGCUGCGCAUCAAAACGGACAUGACGCUGAAGCCGGUAGACGGUGCUUUUAUUAAAAUUGUUCCUAGAUAG